UUCCCCCACGAAGCCCAAAAUAGGACAACCCAAACCAAUAGGAAGAGACAGCAUUAAACGAAGCCAGAGGCUAAACGUGGAAAACAUCAGAGCCUGCCUCGCCCAGCCCGCCUCCACAUAAAGCCCUGCCUUGGGCCUAGGCACUCCUGGGGCUGUAGCAGAACAUUCCAAACUUCCCAGGACUCCGCCCAGCGUGGGGCUCAGCAGCGUUGAAGGCUUAGGUUAUACCUCAUCCCUUUAAUCCUCCCGACCCCCACAGGAACACAAUCUGAUCACUCGAUGCAUGAAAUGAAAAUCUCAGUGGUUCGUCCUUUGCUGUGGGAGAGCAUAGGCCUGAAAGAGGCCCCCUACGGAAAUGGGCGAAUGUAGAGCUUAAGCUAAUAGAGGGGGAAAGGGUUUGCGGGGUACCUCUGGGCCAGCCUGCCUCCCCGCAGAUCCCGGGGCGGAGUCCUCGAAAGAGCCCCCUUCGGACAUCCCGCCCCCUGCUCGGCCUCCUCCUUCUCCCACCGCGGGAGAUGCCAACUCCGCCUGGCUGAGUCACGGCCUGAACUGGGGAGGAGGCGGGGAAAGGCGUCCCUAGCCCAGAUCGCAGCCUUCGGUCGCUGGGAGAGCAGGCAGGGUUGUCAGAGAUCAUGGGGGAGAGCUCGCUGGAGUCUGGGCCUGUGCCCGGGGCCCCUGCUGGGGGUCCCGUGCACGCCGUCACCGUGGUGACCUUGCUGGAGAAGCUGGCCACAAUGCUGGAGGCGCUGCGGGAGCGGCAGGGUGGCCUAGCCGAGAGGCAAGGCGGCCUGGCAGGCUCGGUGCGCCGCAUUCAGAGCGGCCUGGGCUCAUUGAGUCGCAGCCACGACACCACCAGCAACACACUAGCGCAGUUGCUGGCCAAGGCGGAGCGCGUGGGCUCACAUGCCGAUGCAGCCCAGGAGCGGGCGCUGCACAGAGCUGCUCAGGUGCAGCGGCUGGAGGCCAACCACGGGCUGCUGGUGGCGCGCGGGAAGCUGCACGUCCUGCUCUUCAAGGAGGAGACUGAAAUUCCAGCCCGCGCCUUCCAGAAAGCACCAGAACUCUUGGGCCCCGAGGACCAGUCGGUGCCGGGCCCAGAGCAGCCAGAGGAUCAAGCUGGAGAGAGUUCAGAUGAGGAGCCGGUGGAGUCCAGGGCUCAGCGACUGCGACGCACAGGCUUGGAGAAAGUACAGAGCCUAAGAAGGGCCCUUUCCAGUCGUAAAGCACAACCCACACCAGUCAAGCCGCCACGCCUAGGGCCUGUCCGGAGCUCUGAAGGCCCACCAGAUGGCCAGCCUGUAGCUCAACCCGCUGCACCGGAGGAGCCCUCACUAGAGUCUGCCCUGGAGCCAGAACCUCCUCAGGCUACCAAGGAAGAUCCCGAAAGGCCUGUGCUUCAAAUCGAGAGUGCAGCCUGAUCGCUGGAGCUGCCGGCCCCACUCGGGGUUUAGGCCUUGUCCCAAAAUAAAUCCUUAAGGCAUGCAGCACUUACACCCAAAUAAGGAGAAAAUCCUGCAUCCACUGCCCAGUUCCGACCCUCCCUUCCUGGCCUUCCAGUCUGGUACCCUGUGUCCUCUGGAAGAGGAGCAUUCAACCUAAUUUAGUCCCACUGCAAUAAAAGUAAUUUCAUCUA